UUUCGUGUUACCAUUGUAAUAAUAAAUUUGAAAUAGUAGUACGCAGAAGAAAUAUAUAAAAUGAGAACGCUGAUAUUGUCGAUACUUUAUUGUACCUCUCCUACAUAUGUUCUUUGCCCCCUUAUAUAUUUUUAAUAAAUAAUUACAAUAUUUGCGUUUGCAGUCAUAUUCAAAAUGCGCGAGAUUCACAUCGAUAACUGUCAGAUGUUCAAAUAGCGAUUUGUAGAAGUGACAACGGAUCCGCUUCGCUAGACAUACGUGGCCAGCGAGAUCUUUUAGAUUAUGUAUCGUGUAAAUUUUUAUACAAACGUUGUACUGCUGUGUUAUCAACGAGAACUUGUGGAUUUGGCCCUAACGGCAUCGAGGCGGUGAGAAGAUGUUCCGAAAUCUGAAAUUGGUGUUGGGAAAAAUUAGACACGCGAAACCUUUUCAAUUAUGUGAACGACGAUAUAUGCAAAACUUGAGGGAACCCUCUGAACCUUUAAAACGGUGUCCAAGAUGGGUUUGCGUGGAAGAUGCUGUAAAGAUCAUAAAUUCAGAGCAUUUGGUUUUCAUACAAGGUGGUGCGGCUACGCCGAUGGAAUUGGUGCGCGCUAUGACCGAGCACGGAGUGUGCAAUAAUUUGCGCGGGGUCAGAUUAGUGCAUAUGAGUCUCGAGGGGGAUACACCGUUCGCCAAUCCGGAAUUUGAGAAGCACUUCAGGUCCAUCAGUUUGUACGUGGGCGCUAGUCUCAGGGAGGCAGUGAACGAGGGACGGGCGGACUACAUCCCGGUAUUCCUGCACGAGACGCCGAGGUUGUUCUUUGAGAAAAGGAUUGUGCCGGACAUUGCGCUGAUCCACGUGAGCAUGCCGGACACGCGCGGAUUCUGCUCGCUCGGCGUAGGCGCGGAUUGCACCCGUGCUGCGAUUUGCACCGCGAAAGUCCUCAUCGCGCAAGUAAACGAGCACAUGCCGAGAUCGUUCGGCGACACGUUGAUCCACUCGAGUCACUUUGACUGGGCGGUGAGGUACGACUGUCCUCUGCCCUGCGUCGCUUGUCCACCGCCCAACGAUCUCGAGCAAGAGAUCGGUAAGAUCAUCGCGCAGCGGCUGGUCGAGGAUGGAGCGACGCUGCAGCUCGGUAUCGGUUGCAUCCCCGACUCGGUGCUCUGCUCCCUGGUCAAUCACAAAGACCUGGGCAUACAUUCCGAGAUCAUGUGCGACGCGAUGGUCGAUCUGAUCCAUCACGGCAACAUCACGAACAAGUGUAAGACCAGGCACAGAGGACGCAUAGUGAGCUCCUUCGCCAUCGGCACGAAGAGAUUGUACGAUUUCCUGCACAACAAUCCGGUCGUUGAGAUGCUAGCGAUCAAUUACGUAAACGAUCCCCGAGUGAUCUCGAUGCAACCGAAGAUGACGGCCAUUAACUCUUGCAUCGAGAUGGACCUCACUGGCCAGGUGUGCUCGGACAGUCUAGGCUGUAAGAUAUAUUCCGGCUUCGGCGGCCAGCUGGAUUUUCUUCGAGGCGCGGCGAUCAGUCAGGACGGUCGUGGGAAAGCCAUCAUCGCGUUCCCCUCGGUCACUAGUCAAGGGGAGAGUAAAAUACAACCGGUGCUGAAACUCGGGGCCGGAGUGGUGGUAACAAAAGCUCACGCGCAUUACAUAGUCACCGAACACGGAGUGGCGGAUCUUUUCGGUAAAACCUUACGACAAAGGGCGAACGCACUGAUCCAAAUUGCGCAUCCCGAUCACAGAGAAUGUCUCGAAAAGGCCGCAUUCGAACGCUUGAAAUCUAACCCGACGAAAUAUCUGUAACACUUGUGAUAUGUAAAUACAAGUCGUGUAAAAGUCCAAGCCUCCACAUUUUAUUAUCCCUACGGAUAAUAAAUUUUUAUAUAGCAAAAAUACAACAAUGCUAAGUCAUUAAUUAAUUAACUUUACAUCUUAAUGAUAAAGAAUAGUCUCAAAGUAACAAAUAAGCUGCAGUGGUAGGAACAUUCGCGUAUAUUAACACAGCCGUAAUGUGCUGAAGUCAA